CGCAAAACAACUUGCUUAGUACAAGUAUAAAUUUGUUUGAGAAACAACAAUCUUUAAGGGCGAGAUGAGUCUGACAGACAAGGGUGUAAAGAAGGGUAGGCUGUACUCAUGUAUACAUUGUGAGAAGGCUGGCAAGUCGUAUCGAGAGGCGAGGUACAGAGUUGUGGGGCACAUAUUGAAGCACCAUUUGUCCUUGGACCAGACACCCUUUUAUUGUAGUCUGUGUAUGUUCCGGUGCUUGACAGCAGAUGCUCUCCAGAAGCAUGUCACAGGGUAUAAGAGGCAUCUACUUAUGGCUGAGGGUGAGCAGGUUAACAACAGUAACUUUUUAGUGCAAAAUAAGUUGGCGAGACCUAUCUGUGAAGGCACUGACUACCGGCAACUGAGCCUCAGGGAGCAGUUCUCAUCUUCGACGUCUGCUGAAGAUCCACUUAACAGAACAGACGAGUUCUUAUUAAACGACUUUGAUGCUCUUGAUGAACAAGUUCAGGCUGAAUUUCAGUCAUCAGCAGUCAAUCGUGACAUUGUGAACAACUCAACCAGUGGUCAAAGUUUUAACCAGGUCGGUGCUCAGGGUCUUAUCAACGUACAAGUGACGCCUGACGUUCUCGCUCAACUGAUGCAGCAGAAGCAAGUCAACCAACCACAACAGGCUCAAACACAGGUGAACCAAGGCAAUCAGAUGUUCGUACCCCCACCACCAAUUCAACGACAAUUGCAGGUACCUCUGGCUCCACACACACUCAAACGUCUGGUUCACUUUUGAACAUGUUACAACAAGUACCAGGUCAGUCAACUUACAACAAUCAUAACAACAACUCUUCAAGCAGUACACCACUUUUGGAUGAAUUACGUAACACGGUCAUUUCUUUUCCAACACCAGACAGAACCACUACCAAGCAGAGAAAACAGACACCGAAAUCAUCAAAGCUAAAUACACCAAAGGGAAGCCCACCUGAAGAUAUCAUGAACCAGCUUUUAGGGGACCUACCAGACUCACCUGCGUUUUCCGCAUUAGAAUCUGGCCAGAUGGGUAAACAAAACCAAGUCUCAGCCAUGUAUGUGCGUACAAAGUCUGUACAAACUGAACCUGUGCAAGAGCCAG